AUGGGUUUCACUCACUACUCCGGCCCUGCCUCCAACUUCCCGGGCAAGGACCAGUGGAAGUCGUUCGAGCAGAUCUUCAACGCCAACAAGGCGUCCAUGGCCGCCACCGGCGACACGGGCGAGGACAUCGGGCGGAUCUGGAACGCGGUCGUCGAGUGCGCCAAGAUCGGCGUCGAGGAGCGCGUCAUCUUCGCCAUCAUCAUGCAGGAGAGCACGGGCAACGUGGGCGUGCGCACGACGUACAACGCGGACGGCCACGCGACGGCCGGCCUGAUGCAGUGCGACGGCUCGCCGGGCUUCCCGGGCCAGCACGGGCUCUCGCAGGAGCAGAUCACGUCCAUGGUCCGCGCCGGCACCGAGCACUUCAAGGGCAACCUGCGCCAGUUCGGCAACAACGCCUCCGCCGACUGCAUCUACAAGGCCCUCCGCGCCUACAACUCCGGCUCCGUCAACGAGCACGACCUCAGCGACGGCCGCGGCGCCACCGGCCCCUACGUCUCCGACCUCGCUAACCGCCUCCUCGGCCGCACCAACUAG